ACAAUCAAAUGGAAACGUGACAGCACGUAUGGCGUUUUGUAGCUAGCUAUCUGAUAUUCUGAAGGGCCUUAGCUACAACUAGCAUAUCACCGCCUCAGACACGCUGGAAUGUUCUGCCAAGCUCAAUACUUCAACCCGUUUCAGAUAUGACAUGCUGCUAUUUAACAGGAAAGUUAUAAAUUCGAGCUAGCUACUGUCUUCUACUUGAUUAACAACGUCCCUGUCUCGAACUGUCAACACCUUCAUCGAGCACCAACUAGCUACAUCUCCUGGGUGCAGUCUGGCCAAGAAAAUAAUGUCCUACAGUUGAAGAUGGGAGGUAGUGGCUCCAAAACCAAGGGUUAUUGGCCUUUUGCUGGUUCAGGCAGUGUUGAUGGUGAUCCAACCAAAGAGGGAGUCGACGAACAGUCGCUGGCGAGGCUCCGAAGUUUCCAAAGGGCGACGCCCUUCGUGUUUACCAGACAAAGCUCCCUGUACUUCGACGAGGAUGGAGACCUGGCCCACGAGUUCUAUGAGGAGACGGUUGUGACGAAGAAUGGCCGCAAGAGGGCCAAACUGAAGAAGAUUCAGAAAAACCUCAUACCUCAGGGAACCAUAAAGCUGGAGCACCCCUGCAUCCAUGUGGAUUUCCCUGUCGUUCUCUGUGAGGUUUGAUGAAGCCUGGAGCCACGUUUUGAGACCAGACUCAGACUAGCCAAUGUGUCAACUCCGUCCCCCUGUUUCCCUCUCCACCUAUACUUUACCCUGAAGCCCUCUAAACCACCGUGGUCUCCCUGUGAUGAUGUUUGGCCGGAGCCCUGACCUGUGAUGAUAGACAGGCUGUCUAAACACAUGAUUGUGUUGAGCCCCUGCAUGUGGACUCUGUAAAGUGUGGCCUGUGUGCAGUCACGUUACACAAAGUAGUACCUGGCCACUUACGGAGACCGUCGAUGAUCUGUGAAACACGUCAGUUAAGAUGGCUGAAGACAUAAUUAUUGCUCACGUUACCCUCAACCUGUUCAAUAUAUACAGUAUGUGUGUUAGUGGAUAUGGAAUGAAGUGUGACAACAGCUUGUCUGCCUGUCUCACAGCAGCAGUGUGCUCUGGUAGGAGGAUCCAUUGUACGUUGUAAGAAGAAUGUAAUGGGACAAUAUGAGUUGAACCAUGGGCUGUUAAGUAGAGUCUCUCAAAAUAGGCCGGCAAUCCUAUAUCUUUAAACCCUGCCCUAGAGAGUUAAUUUACCAUCUGUACGCAUUAAGGGGUGAGAUUUUCCGAUACCUGUUCAGUCUUCAGAGCUUCCAGAGUAAUGAUAGGGCUUCAGCUAUUAGGGCCAUAUCCUGUGGUCAGAGAUAUAGAAAUAUUUAAUGCACAUUAUAUGUUUACAAGUAAAACAAAAAAACACCAUGGCUUGAUAUAAUUUCCACCAUGUGUGAUGAUGGCUCUGCUUCUCAUUUCCCCAUGAUGGAGCUAAACAAUUGGUGGCCAAUGUGAUGUAAGCUUAUCUUAAUGUGACGUGUUGUAAUGUUUGACUGGCUGUGGUGAUCAUGGUGUCAAGACCAGGGCUUUAUGAAAUGUUUGAGUGACGGGCUGGGGUCUGAUCCUAGCUCGGCAAUCCUACUGAAUUGCUUUUUUCCCCCUUUUUUUUUUUAGCACUGGCCCAGGCUUCAGACACAUGUACAGAGAAGCACGAACUUUAGUCCCCCUGGGAAAGUCCUCUGUUCCUUCACUGCUUUAGCGCAAUACAUUUCACUGUUAAUUUAUUUUAACUGUUAUAAUGGCAUUAUUUUUAAUUACAACUCAAAAUGUA